GACUGAAGAGUGUGUGGAUACUCAAGGGUUGAAGAGUAUCAUCCCUUUCUCUCUCUUAUCUUCUCCAUCAACAUCAUCAAAGAUAAUCAAAGAUCCAACUUUUCCAAGUUAAACAAACAUGAGCAAGAGAAUUCGAGUCAUUUGCACUGAUCCCUACGCCACAGAUUCAUCUUCAGACGAAGAAGAUUGCAACAACAAAAACCCUAAAUUACCCAAACGCAUAGUUCAUCUCCUCAAUCUCCAUCCCCCAACAACUCAACAACCAAAGACUGAGAAUCAGAAUCAGAAUCAGACCCAGACCCAGUUCAAGAGAUUUAGAGGCGUCCGUCGUCGUCCAUGGGGUAAAUGGGCUGCUGAGAUUCGUGAUCCGUUCAAAAAGGUAAGGGUUUGGUUGGGUACUUUUGCUACUGGUGAAGAAGCUCACAGUGCAUAUAUUGCUAAGACUCUUGAGUUUGCAGCUAGACGUAAGGCAGCUGAAUCUACUGCUCAUAAUGUUGUGGUUUCUCCAUUUUCGGUUCUCGAAAAUGAAAUUGGAUGUGUGAUUGAUUAGAAAUAGUAUGAAGUGUGUUUUCAUUUCUGCAAUUUGGUUAAUCUUUUGAAGAUUUUGUGUUUGUGUAUGUAUAUAUGAGUGUUUUAGUUAUAGAUGUAGGGAAAUGAAAAAAGAACCAAUAUAUGUUGGAUCUUUCUGCAACAAGUUAGUUUCAUUUCAUCUUUUUGUUUCAUUUUCAUUGAUGAAGAUGAUGAUGAAGAAGAUGGAGAAUAAGAAACACUUUGUCCUCCUUAAGUUUUUUAAACUUGAGUGAUGUAGGUUUGUUUGUUUGUCUGAUCUUGGUUUAGUUAAAUAACUAGAGAUGUUUAUUUUCAAA